AUGCUACUGUUCUUACACUCAGACGAUGCCCUACUUCCUAAGGCAAACUUGGAAUCAAUCUAUUCUUCUCGACAGAAACGAUAUUUGUUCUGGGCAGUUUCGGUAUCAAAAUGCGUUGCCCCAAGAAGAGUGCCGAGGAAAGUCGAAAUUGUUCUACAGGGAGCUGAGCCUGGACAGGUGCGUGAACUGCACCAACCAGGUGCUGAACUCGACGUCGUCUUCGACUUGGUCAGCAAUGCUUUGGUUCUGCGCGAAACCAUCAAGGAUCCCAAUAGGCACAAGACGUCGUCGAUUUUCAGUGUACAGAUUGACUGUGCGAAAAUGCGUUUUAUCAACCUCAUAGGGCUCGAAGAUAGCUCACUUUUGCUUUCGCUGCGGAUGCGACGCUCGGCCUGUAAACCCAAAGGAAAGAAGAUGCUAGUGACAGAGAAGUUCUAUGGAUUCGCACCUCCUUGUCUCGAGAGCCGACUCGACAACGACCUGUAUGCAUGUGGCUGGUCUAAACAGCGCCUUCAGUUAUUUCUGCCGGAGGAAAGGAUAAGAGGGUGGAAGACGGUAGCGCUGAUUCUCAAGACGUUCAAAGAAAUCACUGCGGAGCAUUGGUGCCAUAUUGUGCAUAUAAUCAACCCUCCACCGGUUUCUGGCUUGGAUUGGAAGGCACUAGAGGAAUACAUCAUGACCGAUGGAAAAAAACCGUCCGAUAAAAAGGUCAAAUGCAAGCAGGCAUUCGCUACGGUUGAAGAAACGAGCAAAGUCAAGCUACUGCGCUAG